AGCUCAACCCAGUCAUGACCCGACCCAGCCCAUCUUGAUUACAUUAAACUGCUAUUGUUAGUUGUUGCUCUUGUUCAAUUUUUAGACUUUGUUGGCGGAAGUGGAGAAACUACAGUUAACGUGGAAGCGGAGGUCCGGUAAUUUGAGAAUGACCUCUGCCAUUGAAGUUUGCCCAAGUGAACUUUGAGGUGACCGACCGAACCCGAACUUAGGAAAAGGGUUGCUUUGCAAUUUUCCGGUGACCGCUUGUCUCUUUCUCUUCAACUUAGGCCAAGCAAAGAUGCUAAGGUAUUAGGAUGUGAUGAGGUGGAACAAAGAUAUGAGUCGUUGCUUACUAUUUCUGGUGAGGCGCUAUUCCAGAUCUGUGGGCCGUUCUGCACUAGCAAAUCGUUGUCAACCUGGGAUUCGAGUGUCCAACAAUAUAGCACAUUUGGGCCGUCAAAAAGAGGGUGCAAAACCUAGUCAGCUAUUAUCUUUGCCCCCAUUUCCCGGCCAUCCUUUGCCAGGAAAGAAAGCACCCACCGGUCCGGAUCAACCAUCUUGUCAUGUUACUGCCAUUAGCUGGAUCAAAUACUACUUUGAUGAGAUACCAGGCUCGCUUAUCCAAUCCCAUUUUACUAAGGGCCUCGUGCAGUUAGAGUGUAAUGAGUCAUUUACAAGCAAGGAGGGACAAACCAGAUUUUUAAGAAAGAUUAAGCAUUCAGAGGUCAUGGAAGUUGGCGCAAGAGUUCAUGUGCCCAUAUCUGUUGCCGAAGCAAGAAUCUCAAAACGAUAUGAUGUUAUACCUAGUGGCACUUUGUAUCCUAAUGCUGAUGAAAUAGCAUACUUGCAAAGGCUUGUAUUUUACAAGGACCCCGCCAUACUUGUUUUAAACAAGCCCCCAAAGUUGCCUGUGAAGGGAAACCUUCCUGUGCAUAAUAGCAUGGACGCCUUGGCAGCCGCAGCUUUGUCUUAUGAAUAUGAUGAGGGACCUAGGCUGGUACAUCGUCUUGAUAGAGAGAGCAGUGGCCUUCAUUUAAUGGGAAGAACAGAAGAAAGUAUUUCCCAUCUUCAUUUGUUGUUCAGCAACACAAAAAGGUCCAAGUCCCUGUCUAAGGCAUGGAAUGAUGCAUGUGGGUCAACAUAUCAGAGGUAUUGGGCGUUGGUAAUAGGUUCCCCCAAGGAGAAGGAAGGCGUGAUCUCUGCACCACUUACAAAGGUGCUUCUUGAUGAUGGUAGAACUGAGAGAGUCAUGUUGGCUCAACACUCAGGAUUAGAAGCUUUUGAGGAUGCUGUUACCGCAUAUCGGCUGCUUGGUCCAAUGAUCAAUGGAUGCUCAUGGAUGGAGUUGCGCCCUCAUACAAGUAGAAAACAUCAGCUUCGAGUUCAUUGUGCUGAAGCCCUUGGAACCCCAAUUGUGGGCGACUAUAAGUAUGGUUGGUUUGUCCAUCGCAAAUGGAAGCAGAUGCCAAGAGUAGAUGUUGAGCCGACAACAGGGAAACCGUAUAGAUUAAAGAGGCCGGAAGGUUUGGAUGUUCAGAAAGGAAGUGUCUUGUCUAAGGUCCCUUUAUUACAUCUGCAUUCUAGGGAGCUUGUGCUCCCAAAUAUUGCCAAAUUUAUCGAGCUUCACAGUCGAAACUGUUUAAAUGCAGAUUAUAGCUCAAAACCAGAUCUCCUCCGGUUUGUAGCCCCAAUGCCAUCUCACAUGAAAAUUAGUUGGAAGCUUAUGUCCUCUUUCUUGGUAUGAAAAUUAACAAGAUUUCCUUCUUGUUUCCCCAACUUCUUUGAACAACACAAUGUAAAAGCUUUUAAUAUAUUCCCAUCCUUACUGCGAA